AACGACACACUCUAUGGCUUCUACGGCCUCACCCGGCCACGCCCCAAACCACACCCCCAGCCCCGCCUCCUUGUUGCCCUUGACAACGUCUCCCAGAGUAGCCCCAAACCCACCCGUCACCAUGCCAACUGGCUCAGGAAGCCCGACCCCAAUUACGCCUACUCCACCAAACACCUGCUCUACCAGCGCUCCCGGAACUAUGCCAAACCACCUGGGGCUCCCCCCUCCUGUUCCUCCCCCUCGCCUCCUGCCCGCUGUGACCUGGCCAAGGCUAAGAGUGGUACGCUGGGUGGAGGGGGGUGUGGGGGCUGGGCGUUCCCCCCUCGCAGGCUCCGCGGCCGGGCGGCAGUGAGCGAGCUGAACAUCACAUACGUGGUAGAGCGCAGCCUCUACGGCCACCUCAACUGGGCCCAGCUGGUCCGACCUGUCACCCUCAGCCGUGCAGAGCACCGCUGCCUAUUGGAGGAGGACAGGGAGGCGGACAGGAAGUGGGCGGCCAGCGUUGACCGCUGCACCAAGCGCGUGCUCUUACGCAUCCAGCAGAAGUCUGUGAGUUCUACCGUACAGUGGGGCAGGGAUGGGCUACAAGCCACCCCCACCUGGCUAGGGGGACCAAGGCUAGCUUCAAGGCUGCACAAUAACCGUCAGGUUUAGAUACAGACACAGGGCUGAUAAUGUUCCUGUCUUCUCUACUUUAAUCCACAUGGAGCUUGAAUAUUUAGAAAGGCUAGUUUAACAGACCUCCAUAGAGAACCACAACCUUUAGACAUGAAAGCCCUUGGAAUAAAAGUUCAUUUUCAUGUGAUAAGAAAUAGUAAUGGGAUGUGCCUGUUCUGACUCAGGAUGUGGGUACCAGUGUAACAGUAGAGGUAACUGCCAUUUCAAAAUGUCACCCAGCCCAAACCCUAGAGGGAGUCUCCUGAUUCAGAGUGGAACAGGCAGACACAGCUUUGAUAGGUCACUGCUCAGGAGCUGACAGACAUGCACACACAUUCUCUUUCCUCUCUUAUUUUUAACUUUCUCCCCUCCCUUGUUUCUCUUCCUUUAUAUCUCUGUACUCAGUGGAAGGGGAACAAAGUAUCUCUUUUCCAGCUCAGUGAGAAAUAAAAGGAGAAAGAGAAAUCUGGGACAGUGACAGUGGCCAUAAGCCCCGCUAAAUAAUCAGGGGUGGCAAGGCCAAGCACGCCUCCACACAUCAUUGAGAGAGAUGGUAUGAUAAGCUGUAGUCAGUGUGUGAAAGUUCAAUCACAAGUCAAUAACAAAAUGAGCGUGGACGUUUCAGUGUUGAUGGUAGGAAUCCUACUGAAAGAGUACUCAGACCGACACAGGGAAGCUAAACAGAGUUAUUCUGCAGCCUUGGAGAAGCCCGAUUCCUUGCCUGUUUACUUGUCAGUCAUUGGACGUGGUUCUUCAUCCAUAGAUGCAUGGCCAUUCCAUUCAAUAUAUCCAACAUCACUCCAUCUCCAGUCUUCUUUUUUUGGACGCCUUCUCAGUCGCUCCUCUUCACAAAACUAUGGAUUCCUGUGAAGUCCAGAGAGUGGAACUGCGGACAUGGACACGAUAGAAAGCAAUGGUCUCAAAGCUAAUUCAAUGAUAGGAUGGCCAAUCUCUCUCCUCAACAGUAACUCCCUGCUACCCUCAUGACUGGUCCUAUUGAGAAACUCUCCCUAUCGAAUGGAGAGAUAUGAUAGACAGGCAAACCCCCUACAUAUCCCUCAGUCGGAUACACUAUACUCUCUGUGAGAACUUACUUCCCUCAACCUCCCCUCUCUACAACCUAAUCCAGUGUAAAAGUAUUCAUAUCUGUCUAUACAAUGUGUGUGUUUCCAGAGACUUAAUCCGGUAGCCGUACUUUCAUAAUUAAACAAGGGAAAGGUUGAGUCGGGCCAUAGUAUAUGUGCUCUAUAUAACAUUCAUUAGGCACCGUGUUAUAAUUCAGCGUGGCCACAUCUAGCCAAAUGAUUGCAUUUAAUUUCACUCUAUGCUUGCUCCCCAUGGCUUUAGGUUUAAAGUAACAUACCCUUGCAGAAUAACAGUGACUGACAAAAUCCCCAUGGGGAUGAUCUAACACAGAUGGCCACCCAAUUAACUAACAUAUAUAAUAAAGAUAAAUGUAUAGGAGUUUCACGUCUGUUGCCUGUCCCAUAUGAGGUCAUACCAUGACAUACGUAUAUAGACGGUUGGAAAUGCUCACUCAGCAAGACCAUAUAUAACAUACAGCCAUGAAUCAACCUGCUGCCAUUGUGACUCCGCCAAGCAUGAAUCAUUAUGAUUUGACUCUUACUGGGCACGAAUGGGAGUUGAUGUCAUUUGAAUAGAUUCUAAUUGAUUCUAACUCCCACUCGCUCCACUCUCGCUCUAAAUAUUUAUUCCCCCCCCCCUCUCUCUC